AUGCGCCCCAUCUUACCCCAUGCAAAAUUGCUUGCACUAAGUGCUACCCUCACUGUAAACGGUCAGGGAGAUGUUGCAAAACAUCUACUUAUGAAGUGUUUUCGAGUGAUUUCAUCUGCACCAACGAAGGAAAACAUUUCCUUAGUGGUUCUACAAAGACCACCUCUUAGCAGUAAAGUGUCAUCAAAAGAAACUUACAAUUUUGUGCUUCAACCUGUUUUACAGAGUCUUAAGUCCAAGGGACAAAAUUUCCCUUUGACAAUUAUCUACCUCAGUGGAACUAUGGACUGGAUGAAGAACAUAAUAUUGAACAACUUGGCAAAGGAUCCCCAUGAGAGCCCUCUCAAGAUUGUUUUUGCAACCAUUGCUUUAAGCAUGGGUGCAGAUUUGCGCCAUGUAUUACAAGUGAUCCAUAUUGGUCCACCCAAAAACAUGGAAGCUUAUAUUCAACAAGUGGGCAGAGCUGGCAGAAGUGGAGAUGAGUGUAUAGCUGUUCUCUACUUCAACAAUUCUGAUCUUGGUCGUCAAGGAGUUUCAAAAAGUGUCGGAAAAUACUGUCGAAAUGAUGUCAUGUGUCGAAAAAACUUUAUAAAUUCUUAUUUUGGUUAUGAUGCUACUGAUACAGGGUUUGCAUGUAAAAAAUGUGAUGUCUGCAACACCGACCUGAAAUGCAGUUGGCAGUUUAAGGAACCUUUGAUGCUUGAUAAGAAAGGAGUUGUCAGAAAUGCUAUAAGUAUGUAUGUUCAGACAUUAAAACUAACAACCAUUACAGAAUUACAUGUUGAGUAA